UUGUUUUUCAUGACUAUUAUUUAUAGAAUUUAGAAGUUGUUCCUCUGUUUGGAGACAUGCAAAUAGCUCCAUUCAAUUAUAUAAAGAGGAGCAAGCACUUCGAUGCUAAUAAGUGGCCUUUAUCUAGUAGCAAUACCCCAUCUCCUCAAGCAGAUUUGAUGGUUCAUUUGCCUCAAAUCAGGGAAGAUCAUGUUAAGUAUAUAAGCGAAUUAUCGCGAUAUAGCAACGAAGUAACUACCACUUACAAAGAGUGUGGAAGCGAUGGUGAAAACAAAGAAACAGCGGAACUAGCUCUAAGAGGCCUUCAGCUACUCUCAGAAUGGACCAGUGUAGUUACGGAACUUUAUUCUUGGAAGCUGCUGCACCCAACAGAUCAUCAUCAGAAUAAGGAAUGUCCUAAAGAAGCUGAAGAAUAUGAAAGGGCAACAAGAUACAAUUAUACGGAAGAAGAAAAAUUUGCUCUUAUCGAAGUUAUAGCGAUGAUAAAGGGUUUGCAGGUUCUGAUGGCAAGAAUGGAAACCGUCUUCACUGAUGCCAUAAGACGAAAUAUUUAUGCUGAGCUUCAGUAUUUUGUGCAAGUGAUGCUGAGGGAACCGCUGAGAAAAGCUAUAAAAAACAAAAAGGGUCUAAUUCGAAGUAUUAUAAUGUCAGUCAGAGAAACCUGUGCAGAUUGGCCAAGGCAGUUUGAUCCGGUACAGGAUCCUGUAUUGAAGGGUAAAAAAGAUCCUGACAGUGGGUUCAGUAUAAAAGUUCCUAGACGAAAUGUUGGUCCUUCUUCAACACAGUUAUACAUGGUCCGGACUAUGUUGGAAUCUCUCAUUGCUGACAAAUCAGGAGGUAAGAGAACUCUAAGAAAGGAUAUUGAUGGUCAAUAUUUGGUGCAGAUAGAUCAGUUCCAUAAAACUUCAUUCUAUUGGAAUUACCUUCUGAGCUUCAGUGGUAAGUGACUUUAUUUAUAGUAA